GUGAGUUCCAAGACUAGAGCUCACCAGCAGAGAGAGAAUUCCCUGGUGAACGGACCAGCUUUUCUUCUUCCCAGAUCCAGAAAUGGCUUCCACCUUCCAUCCACGAGAAUGUGAGCUGUCUAAACAAGAAGGGCAAAGCUAUGGCUUCUUCCUGCGAAUUGAGAAGGACACUGCUGGCCACCUGGUCCGGGUAGUUGAGAAGGGUAGCCCAGCGGAGAAGGCGGGCCUCCAGGAUGGAGACCGAGUUCUUAGGAUCAAUGGUGUCUUUGUGGACAAGGAAGAGCAUAUGCAGGUUGUAGAUCUGGUCAGAAAGAGUGGGAAUUCAGUGACUUUACUAGUCCUGGAUGGGGUUUCCUAUGAGAAAGCAAUGAAAAAGCAGGUAGACUUGAAAGAGUUGGGUCAAAGUCAGAAAGAGCCGAGUGUGAAUGAUAAGAAACUGCCUGCUGUGAUGAACGAAGGAGCACAGACUCGGACUCAGCCACGGCUCUGCUAUCUGGUGAAGGAGGGGAACAGCUAUGGCUUCUCUCUGAAAACUGUCCAAGGUAAAAAGGGAGUGUACAUGACGGAUAUAACGCCUCAAGGUGUGGCUAUGAAAGCUGGUGUCCUGGCUGGUGAUCACUUGAUUGAAGUGAACGGAGAGAAUGUCGAAGAUGCCAGCCAUGAGGAAGUGGUUGCCAAGGUGAAGAAAUCCGGAAGCCGAGUCGUGUUCCUGCUGGUGGACAAGGAGACUGACAAGCUCCAUGCUGAGCAGAAGAUAAAAUUCAAGAGAGAAACAGCCAGUUUGAAAUUGCUACCCCACCAGCCCCGGGUUGUGGAGAUGAAGAAGGGAAGCAAUGGCUAUGGUUUCUAUCUAAGGGCAGGCCCAGAACAGAAAGGUCAAGUCAUCAAGGACAUAGAUUCCGGAAGUCCAGCAGAGGAGGCUGGCUUGAAGAACAAUGACCUGUUAGUCGCUGUCAACGGCGAGUCUGUGGAAUCCCUGGAUCAUGACAGUGUGGUAGAAAUGAUUAGAAAGGGCGGAGAUCAGACUUCACUGCUGGUGGUGGACAAAGAGACGGACAACAUGUAUAGACUGGCUCAUUUUUCUCCAUUUCUCUACUAUCAAAGUCAAGAACUGCCUAAUGGUUCUGUCAAGGAGACUACAGCUCCUACACCUGCUCCUCUAGAGGUUUCGAGUCCAGAUACUACAGAGGAAGUAGGAGAUCAUAAGCCUAAGCUCUGCCGGCUGGUUAAAGGGGAAAACGGCUAUGGCUUUCACUUAAAUGCGAUUCAGGGUCGGCCAGGCUCCUUCAUCAAAGAGGUACUGAAGGGCAGCCCUGCCGAGCUGGCAGGGCUGGAGGAUGAAGAUAUCAUCAUCGAAGUGAAUGGAGUGAACGUGGUGGAUGAACCCUAUGAGAAGUUGGUAGACAGAAUCCAGAGCAGUGGGGAGAAUGUCACACUCUUAGUCUGUGGAAAGAAAGCCUAUGAUUAUUUCCAGGCUAAGAAAAUCCCUAUUGUUUCCUCCAUGGCUGAUCCACUGGAUGCCCCCACUGAUUCCAAAGAAGAGACACUGGCAGAACCAGAGCACGACUCACACACGGCAAAAGAACGAGCGUACAGUACAGCCUCACAUUCUUCUUCCAAUUCUGAAGAUACAGAGAUGUGAUGAGAGCAACUAACGGCGUUGGCUGACAGCUGUUUCUGGGUGUUGAGUAGGGAUCCUUUCCCGAAGAAUGAGCUGCCACCCAUUCACUUCUCUGGUAGAGAGGAACUCCUCUGGCAACCAGUUCAUCAUGGGGGACUGUCUUCUGUUGUCAUUUGCCUUGGGGGUGACUACUGCAAUAGAUGGCUUAUUUAUGGUCAACUUAAGGCGGGAACCACAUUCUUUUCACGUGAUUUCUUUCAAGCUUCAACUUCACUACAUUUCUCUAUGA